AUGUCAACCGAUCAGCGCCCUCAGCUGCAGAGCUUCGCAGAUGCACUCAAUGUGUUCCAAGGCUCGGUGGGAAUGCUGAAGCUUGCGGGCCUUUGCCCAAAUAACCAAACCGCAAUUAUGAGCCCACAAACUCAGCGGACGGCGUGGAAGGUCGCUCUCAAACCAGUAAUAGUACAAAAUAACUCCGAAGCCAAGAAGUGUGCUGUUUGCGGGUCCGGACACGCAUUCUACCAUUAUGGUGCAUACAGCUGUGAGGGAUGCAGGGCUUUUUUCAAGCGAACGGUGCUCGCGCCGGAAAGAUUACUAACGUGUGUCAGGGGUAGUCACUGUCAAGUUGAUGCCAGGGCACGGUCUCGCUGCCGCUACUGUCGGUGGAAGAAGUGCCUGAAGGUCGGGAUGCUGCGCGAUGGU